CGUACGUAACGAAAUUAACAUAAAUUUCUCUAAAUAAUUUAAAGUGAAGUUUAGUGUCAAUUUACAAAAUUAGUGGUUACUAAUUAUUGUAUUUAUUGAAACUUAAAACAUUUGUGUUAGAAAGUAAGUCAUUAAACGAUAUACCAAUAUAAUAAAAUAUAAUUUUAGAAAAAAAGUGAGAGUGACAAAUUGAUUAACAAUUUUACUACACAAAAUGCUGAAAGCGCAGUAUAUUCGACAAGCCGUCGUGGUUAGUGGACUGUUAUUUUGUUGCGUGUCGGAUGGGUUCAUCUACGGCCAGAUGUCGGGGAUGAUUGAUGCUUUACGAGCUGAUGAUAGCCCCAUACCUUUGACUGAGGACGACGUCUCGUGGUUAGCCUCUACGAUUAACAUAACAUGUAUCGUCGGCUUCAUAAUCGUCGGCGUGAUUGCCGACGUCCUUGGACGAAGAAUAGCCAUCACAACGCUGAGCACGCCUGUUUUGAUAUGCUGGAUUGUAAUAUACUACACUGGAGAUAAAUUUGUAUUGCAAUUAACGAGAGUGAUCGUCGGAGUCUCAUAUGGGGGGGUAUUGCUUCUAACAUUUAUAACAAUCGGUGAAUAUGUCUCCCCAAACAUAAGACCAUUUUGUUUUAAUUUCAUGGCGAGUGUUGGCUCAAUAUCUGGCGUAACACUGGGACAUAUUUUGAGCACUUUGAUGGAUUGGAGAAAAGUUGCCCUCGUUGGAAUUAUUCCUACUGGCCUAUCUUGCAUCCUACCACUGUUAUGGGAAGAAAGCCCUUCUUGGUUAGCUUCGAAGGGAAGGUUUGAAGAGUGUAAAAAAACUUUUGAGGCACUACAUUUGCCGAGUGAAAAGUCAAACGCUGAACUGAGAAAUUUGAUAGCACUCGAGAUGAAGAAGAAAAGAGACCUGCUACGGGUGCAUUCGACUUCAGGAUCCGUGAGGAAAAACUUGUAUGUAUUAAAGCAGUGGUAUUUUUGGAAGAUACAGAUGCUAAGUUUUAUAAUAGGCAUCUAUAGAGUUGCAGCUGGACGUAUAUUGUUUAGCACCAUAUUACUGACUAUGCUACCUGAAUUAACAGGAUACAAAGAUAUUUUUUUCUGCACUCUCCUCGUUGACGGCUUGGGUAUGUUCGGCGCUGCAGUAUCUUGUUACACAGUUAGUAAAUUUAGAAUGAGACCGCUCUUAUUUAGUACUGGCAUUGCAGCUAACUUUCUACUUAUAAUUUUAAGUGCCUUAAUUUAUUAUGGAUCUACCGAUGUGUUUUCAACGUGGACCAAAGUGGUUUUAUUGGGGGCUUAUUACGUAGUCACUUUUGCUGGACCGUACCCUGUGAUAGACACGGUUUUAGGGGAAAUUCAGCCCCUGGGUGUAAAGGAGUUCAGUUUAUUUAUAUGCGGGUCAAUAGCGGGUGUUAUGCAUUUUGUAGCGAUCAAGAUUGCUCCUGAUAUGAUCAAGACAAUUGGUUAUUCUGGUCUUUUCUUAGUUUAUGCUAUGUUUGUGUUUAUAUGCCUUAUUUACUUGUGGUUUUUCAUGCCAGAAACUAGAGGCAGGUCGCUGCAGGAAAUUGAAGUUUUCUUUAUGAACGGUAAAUUUGAGGACAGGAAAAUAUUCUUGAGCUCGGAACAAAAAGAAGACUUAUUAAGCGUUUAGAAUUAGAUUAAAUGCUUUUAAAAUUUUGGGAUUAAUUAUAAAUUUAAAUUUAGAUAAAUAAUUACUAGCAUAAGCUAAGUUACAAAAUAUAAAUGUAAUAUAGAUAUUAUCUUUGUUUCAUGAUAAAGAAUAAUUACUUAACUAUUUACUUAAUGCGAAUAUUUAGAAGCUCCGGUUUAAUUUAUUCGUUAAAUUACCAUUUUUCUACAAAGCUUUAAAUAUAUACCUAGAUUAAAGUAUCGAGUAAGGAUAAGUUAAAUUAUCUACAAAUUUCUACAUUUGCGUAAUUAAUAACAUUUUAACUAAAAAUUUAAUGUUUGAUACUUUGAAAACUUGCAUUCAUUUCUAAGCAAUCAGUAAAGUUUUACAUUACUAUGCUAGGUCAACAUAAUCCACCAAAAUACCAAAGCCGCCAUAUAUAAACAUAUUAUUAUAAAACUAAGAAUGGUCGAGGUCAAUUUUUUAUCCAAAUUCAAAUAUUUUUAUUCAAAAUAGGAUGUGACAUCACUUAUUGAAAGUAAAAAACUACCACCCAUUCCAAAACUAAUGCCGACCUGAGAAGAAUGGCCACAACAAACUUAGUGAGCAGAAGCAUUUUCAUCAAAAAAAUAUGUUUACAAAGUAAUAUUGUACAAUUAAACUUAUUAUUUAAUAGCCUGUGGGCGGUCGCUCCAUUCCGAUUCUGUGGUAUCAUUAAGAAAGUCAUUUAUGUUAUACCUUUACGACACAAACGUUUUUUAACACACAUCGCCCCACAAAAGACUUACUAACUCGACUUAGCCGAGUAGUAGGCAUUAUAAGUUCAUGUAUGUUCCUGAUGUUAACAUUAUGGUUAUGGCAGUUUCUAGCAAAUUCACAUAAUAAGUGCCUAUGAACAUACAUUUUAUAUAUUGGUAUAGCGCCAUCUCUUGUUUCUUUAACAAAAGAAAGUGUUUAAAAAGUAUAGGUAUGUUAUAACAUGUAGUUCGAGAGAUGUCUCUCCAUCCUCAUGUACUAUUUGAAUGUUUGAGUUUUACCAAUGGCAAAUAAAUUUCAAGUAAGUACAAUUAAAAGUACUCUGUGGAAAAUAACGCCGGCAAAGACAUCUUCGUCUGCAGUAAAUAUAUAUUAUUUAAAUUAAUAAUGUAUUUAUUUUCUUAUAAUUAUAUAUGUUAAUUAUGUAAUUAUAAUGUUUCAUAAAUUAUUUUAAUAAUAUUAAAUAAAUGUUUUAAUAAUAUGUAAAAAAAUCCAAUUACCUCGUCCAACCAACUAUUCUAAAAAUUUUAAGUUACCUAUGCAAAUAGAAUAUUACAAAAAGUCUAGCAAAAAUAACAGAUAUCAAUGUCUUAAUAAUAUCUUCAUAAAUAAUAUAAAUUUUUUGAUCGUCGAUAGUUAACGGCCGUUCCCAAUAUUCAGUCUAUCUCUUACUUGAGAUAAAAAUCGUAACUGUCGUUGACUUUUCUGUCCCAAUAAACUUAUCGACGGUAACUCACCUUAUCCGUACACGCUGUCUAUCAAUGGGACGACGUAUAUAGCUUAUUAAAUUAAAUUAAAUUUUUCUAAUAGGAUUCUAUUCUAAGACUUUUGAAAAAUAGCUCCACAACAGGAAAAAUUCUUAGAUUAAUAGAUUUUUUUGCCCACGGAUUAUUGUUCAUUGAUCUGUCCUGUAGUCACCUGAAAUUUUUCAAUAUUUAAUUUCCAUAAUUAAUAAGUUUUAAUAAUAUAUAUUCAUUAAAGUUCCGAAGGGAGCAUGGCUUGCCCAAGCCGGAGUACCCUUUUUCGGGCGUAUUUUCAACCCUCUGGGAAAAUUAUAAAUAUUGGUCCUAGUUGUCAAUUCCGGGAGUAAGAACUUUUUUUUUACGAAAUUUCCUCCUCUUUUUGAAUCUGAUAAAUCUUUAUUGGUUUAUGAGAUAUUUGCAAAAAACUAAACUCCCUUUUUUUAGUAAAUUUUUAAUAAAUUUUGUAAUUUUUGCAAGCGGAAAUACAUUUUUUUUUCGAAAACCAUCUAGUUGCCAUUCCGAAUCGAAUGACACCUCAAUCAUAAUUUUGGGAAAUUGCUGAAAAAAGUUGACCCAAAAGGCACUUGUUGACUAGACUUAAUCUGUGUCCAUAGAUGGUGUGAAUAUUGGAAUUGCUUUUCAAAGAAAUAAUCAGAAUAUAUUGGGACCAGAGUCGUACAAGAGGCUAUUCUUCGAUUUUUUUUAAAUAUAUUCAAAAAUGAUCGUAAAGAUUGGAUAGACAACUGGUAUUUUUAAUUCCUCAAAAUAAUUCCGCUUUAAUCGUCCCGCGCGUUAUUCGCAUCAGUUUGAACAGAGCUUAAUGUUGAAAAAAGUUGCUUUAAAUUUAAACGAUCAAAAGUCGCGCCAAAAGGGGAGCCGCCAUGAUCGCAACGUCAAAAUAACAUAAAUAAAGAAACGUCAAAUGUGUAGUGCAAUCUUAAUUGAUUUUUAUUCAAAUAAAAAUUACCUUGCCUAGUCCGUAUCAUCGCGUAGGUGUGUAGUUAUAUAAAAAAAAACUACGUUUAAAAAAACCGACUUCAAAAUCUAAAAAUUAUCAAAUAAGUAAAAAUUUAAUUUAAUACACCUUGCACAGCUUUACCUUUAAUAUUAAUAAAAUACUAUUAUUUGUAUGUGCUACAUAUUGAUAGCUUUUACGUCAGUGAAGAAUUACGUUAAUCGGAUCAUUAAUCUCAGAGUAAUCGGUGUACAUACAUAAAAAAAAUACCGAUCGAAUUGAUAACCUUCUCCUUUUUAAAGUCGGUUAAAAAUCAUAAAUAGUAACUAGUAUAACUGGCUAUAAAAAAACGGCUUCACAGUAUACUAAAAUGACGUCACACUGUACAGUGGUCGCAGUGCAUAUCGGAACAUACCCUAUAUUGUAGGUAUCUCUAGUGUCAUUAGCCAGUAAGUACUUAAAGAACAUUGACAAUCUACAAGUGUGAAGAAACAUCCAUCGACAAAUUAAAACAUUUAAAUUUCUGGACACAAAAAAGAAGGACUUACUGGCUUCUAGAGGUCUCGUUCUUUGAAACGCUUUAACGGCGCUACAGAAACAUUUGAGCAAACAAGCUGUCGUCUCUGUUACCAGAUCGCUGUUGUCUAGAAUACUUCCACGUACUACAAAGCUGUGCAAUGAACUUCCGUGUGCGGUGUUUCCGGGACGAUACGACAUGGGUACCUUCAAAAAAAGCGCGUACACCUUCCUUCAAGGCCGGCAACGCUCCUAUGAUGCCGUACGCUCGUUUGUCCUCCUUUUCCAUAAAAAAAUAUCGCAAAUUGUCUAGUUGACGGUUCGAUUUUUGGGGUUGUGUCAAAGAUUGCACGUUCAUUUUUCUGUAUUAAUGUUGCCAUUUUGCAUAUCUUUGUGGUCAUCAAAUUUAGCCGGAAGAAGUCCACAGCUGGGCAAUGGCUCCCCCAAAUAUCGCCACGACGAUGUGUGAGCCAUGUUUUAAUUUGGGGGGGCUUUGCCACGCUUGAGAGGCUGGGUGGCGAUCAGAGUUAAUCGUGGUGCUCUCUUGGAAAGAUGCUGCUGUAAUUCCGUUCUUUGUAUCCCUUAGGCGACUAGGGGCUAUUCGAUGUGAAAGAGAAAGUUGCCGCCUAUGGCGAACAGACUCGACCUGCAUCAGUGUUGUAUAUAUAGUACAUAUUAUUAUCUAGUUUUGAAAAAAAUAUAUUUUUUCAUUUCUCAUACACGGAAAGUAAUGUUGUUUUGAUCUGAUUAUUGGGUGGAAAAUGCUGCUUCCUCCAUGAUAGAGAGGGAAAAACUCAUACAAAUUAUCUCCCACCUAAGAGCCGGAAUGAACUUUAAAAAUAGAACUGCUGCCAGCUGUGAAGAGUUUUAUGUAAAAAACUAAUUUAAAAAAACCUGCGGCUGUGUGACUUUCUAAACAGCCAGUGUGAAUUGAGUGCAAACUUCUUUGAGCGGAAUGAGCCGUAACAGUUACGCGGUGAGAAUUUAAAAAGUCGACAUAAAUUUUCCUAAUUUGACAAUUAAUUUUAAAUAGGUACUAGUAAUAUUAUUAUAUAUUAUCAAUAAAUAGUUUAGAUAAACAACUAGUUUUAUUUCCCUCAUAUUCGAAAUGAAAAGUAGAGUGUUUAAAACGGGUAAAAGAAUCAAUUCCUACUCGGACUAUAGCCUAGCCUCUAAAUACCUCGGCAAUCGAUUCUUUCGACUCUCGGUUAACAAUCUACUAUUUCAUAUUAUGUUCUACUUCGUAGAGCUAAAUUUUUGUUCGAAAUUUUAAAAAUUGUAAGAAUUUUCGUUGAAUGUCCUAUAGAGAUACCUCUUAAGUACUUUACAGUAUGUAAUAAACAGAAUUUUUUCAUCCAGUGAUUAUAGUAGUGAUAACUAAUAGUUUACUUUAAUAUAAUAUUUCAUUAUAUAUUUCUGUUGUAUGUUCAAAAUGCUUAAAAGUAAAAACCCUGGCUAUAGAGGGUCAUAAGUAAAUUCGCAAAAACUUAUUCCAUUGGAAAAGACAAGUAACUACCAUAUAUAUGAUAUCUAGAUAAAAAUUAUUUACUGUUUACCAAUAUUAUUUAACAUGACAUAGUUUUGUUAUUUUUGUAAAGAAAAUUGUAUUAUGUUUGUAAUAAAUUAAAAAUGCUUCUAAUUAUGAAUUAAAACUAUGCCUAUCUUGUGCGAGAGAGGUAACCUAGCUCCGCUCGAUUCCUCAAGGCCGUUGGCUCGGUCCCCAGCCUUAAUGCACUCGAUUCUGCAGCGGUAUAUGACAGAUAGAUAUUAAGAUUGUAGAUAAUUAUUUUUUAUUUCUUAUACCUUUCAUUAUAUAAAUUUAACAUUUACAUAAGUUUGUUUAGCCUUUUGGUACUUACUAUAUAAAUUUUAACCUUUUGUACGACUUGUCUUUGUGUAUGGUGUAACUGACUAUAAAAUGUAAUUAUAUUAUGUGUACUCAGCACCUAAGACAUGUUUAAUGUUAACGUAGGAAUCACAUGUAAUGUUGGUAGUUCCGAAUGAAUAAAUACGUAUUAUUGUUAACAUUAUAUUUUGAACAUACCUAAUGUAUAAAUGAAAUAAAGUAUAUUUGUGAAA